CCGCAAAACGUAAAAAUCAUAAGCGUCAAAUUGACAUUGAGAUUAACCAUGUGGCUGCUAAAAUUCACGAAACCUCAACUUUGAAAGUGACAAAAUGGGUAAGAAAAAUAAGAAAGACAAGAAAGGAAAAGGGAAAGAGAAGACUGCACUAAAGACAGAACGGAAUGCAGAAAAAAAGGCGAAGAAAGAACUGGCAGAAAAGGGAGAGGAUGAUAUAGAGAAGCUGAUUGCCGAGUUUCAAAGCAAAGAUAAGAAGAGAGUUCAGGUUAUCGAGGAAAAAUGUGAUCCCCCAUCACCAAGAUGCAACAUGACAUUGUCAGCCCAUCCUACCAAGGAGGAGUUGAUCAUGUUUGGUGGAGAGUACUGCACUGGUAAUAAGACUUACAUGUACAACGACCUGUUUUUCUAUAACAUCAAGAAGAAGGAGUGGAUGAAGGUCUCUGCCCCAAAUGGCCCUGCUCCCAGGAGUUCUCAUCAGGCAAUAACCUUAAAACAGGGAGGAGGGCAGCUGUGGAUAUUCGGAGGGGAAUUUGCCAGCCCCACACAGUCUCAGUUCUACCACUACAAAGAACUGUGGGUCUACCACAUAAAGGACAAGGCAUGGGAGAAAAUCAGUGCCCCUGGAGCCCCUGCCAGUAGAAGUGGACACCGAAUGGUUCACUGUAAAAAACACAUUAUUGUGUUUGGUGGUUUUCAUGACAAUAUCAGAGAUUAUAAAUACUACAAUGACGUGUAUGCCUUUGACCUGGAAACAUACUCUUGGAACAAGCUGGAACCCUCAGGAGCCCCUCCAGCCCCAAGGUCAGGAUGCAUCAUGGCUGCCAUUCCAGAUCAAACCAAGGUCAUUAUCUAUGGAGGGUACAGUAAGGAGAAGGUCAGACGUGACACUGACAAGGGCAAAGUCCACACAGACAUGGUAAUGCUGACUACAGAAGGUAAAGUAAAAGAUGAGAAUACUCCAAUCAAAUGGAAAUGGGUCCACAUGAAACAGUCUGGUACCAAACCCUCAGCCAGAUGUGGUUUGUCAUUGGCUGUCACCCCUGGCAACAGAGCUGUCUGCUUCGGAGGCGUUUAUGACCAGAUGGAGGAUGAAGAAGACUUGGAUAGUUUGUUUUUUAACGAGAUGUACACACUGGAUCUGGAGAGGGGCAAAUGGUUCCCCCUCACCCUCAGAGGAAGAAAAUCCACAGGCACAGAAAAGAGGAAAAGAAGGAAAAAAAAGGAAGAAGGUCAGGGUGAUGAAAGUGAUGAAGAGGGUGUUGAUGAGGAAGACAGUGAUACUGAAGAUGAUGAUGUUGAGGAAGCAGAAGAAGAUAUAAAAAAGUUAAAACUUGAUAAUGAAACAGACAUUCAAAGUGAGGACACGAACUGUAGUACAUGUAGCCAAGGCAAUAUCCAGGGGGUGGGUAAAGGGUCAAGUCAGGGGUCAUGUCAGGAUGGUGAAGAGGACAUCUUCAAGGUCACAAUGGGUGAGAAGCCUGCUGGACAGGCAGAAGGUACGGAGGAGGAUAACAUGGAUGUAGAGGUGUUUAUGCCUCCGCCGAGAAUGGGCACACUGAUGACAGUGCGGGGUGGGGAGUUGUUCCUAUAUGGAGGACUUUGUGAGGUGGGGGACAGACAGAUCACCUUUUCUGACUUCUACUCCCUUGAUCUACACAAACUGGACGAUUGGACAGUGCUUAUACAGAACAAGCAGACACUGGAUUGGGAUGAAUCAGACUCUGAUGAUGAGGAGUCUAAAGGGGCCAGUGGAGGCAAGGAGGAAGAUGAUGAUGACGAAGAUGAUGAUGAAGAUGAGUCAGAUGAUGACAUUGCAGCCAUUUUAGAAGGAUGUGAUGUACCUUCCAGGUCAGAGGAAGAGGAAGUGAUGUCAUAUUUUGAGAGAACUAAGGAAUUCUGGGAAACACAGUCACAGAAAUAUUUCAAAAAGGAAGACCUGAAAGUUACUAAACGAACAAUUACAAAGUUUGCUAAGGAACUGUGUCAGGAAUACUGUGAUCAGUAGAUUUUAUAGUAAACAGAGUAACAUUA